GUGGCUAGUUGGUUCUCAAAUUUCUAGUUUAGUGCGCACGUACAAGUGAUAGCUAAACAAUAACAAGCUCACAACACAGAGAGGUACUUGCUUACAUCAUAACCAAACGUUAUGGACGCAGAGAUGGAACCAGACGAAAAAAGGCCGAACUCGGAGAUGCGGAAGGUGCGUUCCCGCGACGCGGCCCGGUCCCGCCGCAGCCAGGAGACGGAGGUGUUCUACCAGCUGGCGCACACCCUGCCCCUCCCCCGCCGCGUGUCCUCCCACCUGGACAAGGCGGCCAUCAUGAGGGUGACGCUCAGCUUCCUGCGCAUGCACCGCCUCCUUCGCUCAGGGGGUGAGAAGAGGGAAUCCAAGGAGGAGGAGGAGGAGGAAGAGGAGGAGGAGGAGAAGGAGAAGGAGGAGAAGGAGGACCUGACUGACCGAUUCUAUCCCAGAGCCCUGGCGGGGUUCAUCAUGGUGAUGACCGAGGAGGGGGACAUGAUCUUCUUGUCAGAAUGCGUCAGCAAACACAUCGGUAUCACGCAGUUGGAGCUGCUGGGACAGAGCAUCUAUGAUUUCGUCCACCCCUGCGACCAGGAGGAGCUGCGGGACCUCCUGACUUUCAGAACAGGCCAGUCCAAGAAGAAGCAGUCAGACCAGUGGACUGAACGGAACUUCUUUCUGAGGGUUAAGAGCACAUUGACCAGUAGGGGGCGCACUGUCAACAUCAAGUCUGCCACUUGGAAGGUCCUGCACUGCACGGGUCACGUGAGGACGCAGCGCCCCGCGGGGGACUCGGCGGGCCCCCCCGGCAGCUUCCUGACGCUGCUGUGUGAGCCCAUCCCCCACCCCUCCGGCGUGGAGUUCCCCCUGGACCGCAGCACCUUCCUCACCCGCCACAGCAUGGACCUGCGCUUCACGCACUGCGAGGGCCGGGUGACUGAGCUUGUGGGAUACAUGCCUGACGACCUGAUUGGCCAAUCCGCCUACGAGUUCCAUCACGCCUUGGACUCCGAUCACGUGACCAAAAGCCUGCAUGUCUUGCUGGCGAAGGGGCAGGUGUGCACCAGCCACUACCGCUUCCUGGCCAAGAGCGGCGGCUACGUGUGGGCGGAGACGCAGGCCACCGUCAUCUACAACAGCAAGACGUCUCAGCCCGAGGCCGUGGUGUGCCUCAACUUCAUCCUCAGUGGGGUGGAGCAGGCGGACGUGGUGUUCUCCGCUGAGCAGACCCCGCGUCUGGAGCCCAAGAAAGAGCCGGUGAGUGAGGAGGAAGAGGUUGCCAUGGACACCAGCACCGAACUCUUCCUCAAACUGAAAGAUUCCCCGGAGCAGCUGCUUCAGCUGGCUCCCGCUCCAGGCGACGAGGACGUGUCGUUGACAGAGCCGAAGGACCUGUCGUUCUGCCGGCCGCCAAGCCCCGACGCUGUCCCAGAAUCCCCCCGUGAACUCUGCACCCCCGAGCUGCGGCAGCUCCUGUCCCCCAUUUUCGACGGGGCCAGCGCUCGCCCCCCGACACCUCCGAGCGUGGGGGAGGAGCCAACGGAUGAGGACAUGGCUAAGAGGUUUUUUGCUGCCAAACCUGAAGACAGCUCCCAGCAGAAAAGCCAGCCAAUGGACGUGGAGAACAUGGACCUCGAUAUGCUUGCUCCAUACAUCUCCAUGGACGACGACUUCCAGUUGACCUUCUUGAAUUCACUCCCUGAAAUCCAGCUGUCCUCUCCCGACCAGACCACCACCACAAACCGAAAACGAGCGAUAAACCUUGAUGAAGAGAGACACGCCAAGAGGAAGAGAGACGCUGAUGAAGGGGAGAGGCUACUCUUGAGCCACGCUCUGCUGGCCAGUUUGGUGGAGGCAGAUGAAGAGGAGCUGGAGCCCCUCCCACGCCCCAGCCAGCUCCUGACGGACAGGGACCCCAUCCUGGGCGACACUGCAGCCAUAAUGAGAACAUUUUUGCCCCUCCCAUCGGACCUGAAGACAAGACCCACUUCCCCCCUGUCCUGAGCUGGCCCAUAUCCCGCCAGAGGGGGGGGGGGGGGGCAGGGCAGGGGGGCAGGGGCAGGCCAACGUCCCAAGAUGGAUUCACCAGUGAGAACUCACCCAUGUUCCACAUUCGCCUUACAUGUCAAGACAUCCAUUCUGGCUCUGCAGCAUCCCGCAUCGUCCUUGCAGCACCAACUCCCACCCACUGGCACCGUGCUCCACUAACUACCAAAACCCAAAAUGGAGACCCUUCAGUGAAGAAGAGGAUUUGAAAUGGGACAAGGGCGUCUGAAAACGCUGCCUCAUCCGCCAUUUUAACAGGACUGUUCCUGGACCAGAUUGGCUUUCUCUUACAGUUCAUAAACCUCUGUAGUUGGCAGUAAAGCUGUAGGGAUACCAUCACGUGCAGUUCAGCGGCAUUGUGAUGCCACACGUUUACUCCAGUUCAGAAGUAUCUGUACGGGGCCAGCUACCAUUUAAUGAAGCUAAACUAUAAUGGUGCUCACAAGGUGCUCACAAGGAUCGAUCAGUAAUAUACGCACAAAUAAGCACAAUCUAAGAAGUACUGAAAUGAAGACACCUAGGUGGUUGGUAAUGGCAACACGCGUUUCCUGUAUGCCACGAUUCUCACGAGGACAAGAGUGACAUUCUACCAGCCGUGGUCUUCAUUUCAGUACAAACCAUGUUCUUGUGUUUCUUUUUUUCUUUUUUUCUCAAGAAUUGAACUGCAUCAGUUACAUUCUAUAUUCUAUUGCCAACCAAUCUUGCUUCAGAAGUAACAUAUUUGUAAUGCUGAAAUUAUAUUAUUGCAAUAUCAGGUAAAAAAAAUAUAUUGUGUCAUUUCACAAAUCCUCACAGCUUUCAGUAUACUAAAGGUAAAUAAGCCAUAAUUGUAGAUCUGGAGAGGUGAGUGGUGGGCUUGAGAUGGAAAGGUCUGAUUUUACCUCAAUAACACUUUGCAAGGAAAUGCUUGAGUGCGUAUGUGCCCAAGACUGACACGGUCUGUUGUCAGGUCGACGCACCAGGACAAAUAAUUCAGUGGCAUCUUUUUUACAUCAUCUUUUAUAUACCUUUACUUGCUAGAUUUUUUUAAGGCAUAGUAAUUCAAGAAUAAACCGAUAGGAGUAAAUGUUAGAUUUUGAUGUCAGUAAAUUUUGUGUGGAGGUACAGAAUACAAAAGAAUACUACUCUGGAGUUUUGCGAGGUUUUCUUUUACGCUUGUUUGUCUAAUCCUAUAUAGUAUGCUUUUCAGAUAAAACUGGUUGUCAUAACUUUUAACACUUUCCAUUGAAGAAUAUUGUUAGUUGCGUGUGAAACUUGUACAGGAGCACCGUAUACAAUGUGUCGUAUUAAACAUUCAGAAAAUACUACCGCAUUGAAAAUGCUUUUACCCAGCCGAUGGGGGUUAACCCACCCAUAACUGAUCAAUAUGACAAUCUCAGCCAUCUCAAUCAUUUGUUUUGCAUAGGAUUUUCACAAUACAUUUGUGAAUUAAUGAAUAUUUGCUGACAUGCGUACAGUUGCCUCAGUUUGCUGCUUAACAUGUAACAUGUAUAUCAAGUGUUGACUAUAAACUCCUAAAAGGUUCUACCUAUUUGUACAAAGGUGUCUUGGGUGAGUUUCUCUUGUUCAAGUUGGCGCAUUGUACACACACACACACACACACACACACACACAAGCACACACUAAAAACCCUGUUGAAACAAGCCUCAAAUUUCUGACUGAACAUUUUGACCAAAACAAAAAAACAAAAACAAAAAAACUGGAAAAAAUGAAACGCAUGAAAUUGCCUUUUAUCAACCAUUUGUUCAUGGGUAGGUGUUUUUAUCAGCAUACAUACUGUGUUUCCUAUUAGCUUUUUCAAAUGUCAGGCUACUCCAGUCUACUUUGUGAUUGUGAAUUUGUAAUAUUAAAGGUUUACCGAAACAUUAAGCUUGCAUCGAUAAAAGACAGGCUAAGCUGCACAACUUUACUACCAGUACAUACCAGCUGACAAAUAUCUUCCAUAAUCAAAAUACUGUCACGGGUUAGAAAUUCCCACCAUGAUUAUCAUCGUCAUCCAUAAUUUGGCUUUUAGUAGAUCCUCUUGCUCAGAGGGUUGAAAAAAAAAAAACAGCUUACAACACAGCUUAUAAUAACUAUAAUCAGUGAAUAUAAUUUUUUUAUUGAAUAUUCUUCCUUGAAUGACACUGGCGGGGCUAAUACUUGCUGCCCUGUGGAAUUACUGUAAUUUUCUGUUCCAAUGCGUUUCAAAUCAGUUUGCUAAAGGUCCGCAGCCAUAUGGGAGGUGAAACGAACAUUACAGUUAAGAGGAAAAUGCUUUGAUUUCGCAGCUUUUUGAUCCUAUUUACUGCAGAAAUGUUUCACCCAUGUGAGGAAAUUUGACACAGGCUUCAUGGCAUUAAAUCUCAAGUACCCCUAUAAUAAGAAAUAUGCUGCAUUAAAAUGCUUCCAAAGCAUCCUGUGUGUGGAUUGUACUUCCAUUUUAAGUGGCAGUUGGAUAUUAUAUAGAAAUGUUUGCAUGGCUCAAGUCUGACAUCACCUAAAUAAGAAAGGGAGGACUGUUCCGGAUGACUACUGCCCCAACAUAAAUUGUACCUCUGAAAAUGUUUUCCUUUUCAAUAUUGAAAGCCAACGUCUGGUUUAUUCCAUGCAAUUUUCACAGUGUAAACCAUGUAUCUCUCACGGAAUAAAAUAAAGAUGUUUUACCAUUGA